AUCUAUUUCUACACAGUGAUUAAUGUUUAUGUCCUUAAACCAGCAUGCAGAUGAUGAUGGUGAUAACGGCGAUGAUGUUGGUGAUGAUGAACUUGAUGAUGAACCCGCUCUGUCCGUGGAGACCUCCAGUAUCAGCAGUGAUGACCUCAGCAGGCUUUGGACCUACGAGUGGACUCUGGUUCACUCUCUGAGUCCAAACAGGGAACUCAAUAUCUGCAACGCUGACACACAAUCCAGCUCUCCAAAUCACCAGGCCUGCCGACAGAGGAGUGUAUCACUCAGCUCAGAGAGGCGCAGUGAGCCUCAAAGAGAUAUGACCCGUUUGGACUCUUCUCCCCACAGUGAAAAUUCCUGGAUGGAUGAAAGGAGGGGAAGGGACAGGUCCCGCCAGGCCUCAGAGUCCACAGGAGACAAGAAACAAGAGAGUGGUUACUUUUCUCCAGGCCGAAGGGCUAAUAGUGAGCAGCAGAUAGAGGAGGUCAACAAACGGCCAUUUCAUUACUAUGAAAGAGGACAUCCUCUCCCCAGUAAUAUCAUUCCUGAGCCCAAAGCGUGCGUCCCCUACAGGAAUGUCAACCUUGGCGUACCCUCACAAAGGAGGAACACUGAAACGUAUAUGCAAGAAAUUUGGAGAAGUGAAUCCCCGCAGAGGUACACGUACCACUCCAACUUUAGAAGGGGGACUGAGUCACAGAGCAACUCUCCAACACGCCACAGCUCUGUGAGCCCAAACAGCCAAGACCAAUACAAGUUCACUGACUCCCCUUUGGGAACCCAGCGACGGAGCUCCAUCUCCAGGAAUAAGUCUCAUGCAUCAUCUCAUUGCACCCCUUCCCAUAGUCCUUCUCGGCAAACAUCUGGUAGGACUAGUCCAUCACGCAGAAGGGGAUCUGCCGUAUCUCGAGUUGUCUCACCCUCGAGGAUCAGUCCUUCCAACAGGACCACAGACUCUUUUUAUUUACAGAAUGGUGAAUUUGAUGCCCAAAAAGUAGCCAGCAGAGCAUCAGGCGUCCUUCUCAAGCAUCAAACAAACAUAGUUUAG